AUGUACGAAGGGAUUGACAACCUGAAAUCCCUUUACGACCGUGCCGAAAAGACUUUCUCCAGCGGUCCUUCUACGGCACAGGAUUUGCCGCGUCGUACUGCUCAACAAGACCCAGUACGUCGAUCAUCAGUUGGGAGCGGGGCUCCCAAGAAUCCCAGGACGGGGGAUAGCCGCGCCACCGGACGAGAUAACUCGUCCGACGUCCGUUCACGUCGCGGUGGUUCAACAGCUGCUCAACUAGAUAGCGCUGGCCACCGCGAGAGUCCUCUAAUGGAGGUGGAGGAGGAGGAAAGAUGCUCUCCACACGAUCUUGUGGAUCGGUGUGUUCCCGAGAGCUUCUUUGAUCGCGUAACGCAAGGGUUACGCGAAGAUCUCGAACAUGAGCGGAACAGGCGUCUCCAAAUGGCGGACACUGCCUUGAAGCAUCGAGCUGAGUUUGCCUUUGCUCAGCUUGAGAACGAGAGAGCUCUGCCAUCUCUUCAUGACGAGCUAAGGGUAGCUCGUGGGGAUAUCGAUAGGUCUCGGGAUGAGAUAACUGCUCUUCAGACCCUUGUUGAUAUCCACCAUCGGGAGCACAAGGCUCUCUGCGAGAUGCUUGAGCGCAAGGGCGUUCUUAUCGGAAGAAGCUGCGUACUGAUGGCGGUGCAAUACACGAAAUUGGCCGAUGUACUUGGGUAG